AUGAUUUAUUCUGCUGUAGGAGAUGAUCACUCUGUCACCAGCAUUCUCAAGACAGCUCCUGAGGCUGAUAAACCAUCAUAUGAUAACACGGAUAUCCUGGUUACUGAUGAAUAUACAUACUGUAACUGGAUCCUGGUGAAUAUAAGCAGAAUUCCUGAGACACCUAAGAGUGCACUCAAAAGAGAGUCUUACUCCUUCUCCAGUCACGUUCUACAAGUCUGUGUCCAGACUCAUUUUCACACAGCUAUACAAGUGUUGUAUAUCAUAUUACUCAGCACAGUCUCCUGGAAUGGGCUAGGUCACAUUAAGGGAGACCUUUUGAUUGACAUCAGUUUUGGAUCCAUCAUUCAUCAUCUCUAUACAGCCAGUGGAUAUUUCAAACAGAUCCUUGUGCUGAAGUGCUCUGAGCAAUGUAUUAUGGAGCUGAACAAAUGGAUUAACACACAUACAGGAGCAUUUGAUUGGUCUCACGUAAUGCCAUAUAUUAAAUGCACAGAAGGAAACAGUGACCAGUGUCAGGAUAAACAUAUGACAUUGAAGACGGCAAUAACAAACAUCAUGAAAUAUGUCAUUGACAAUGAGAAUCUCACAGACCCGGAGGUGCUCCCACCAGCAGACUGUGUCAUCAGUGCAUGGAUUUUGGAUUACAUCAGCAAAGACGAAGAUGAUUAUAUAGGGAAUUUCAGAAAAUUUGUGAAGCUGCUAAAACCUGAAGGACACCUGAUAUUGUUGGGGAUUUUAAAUACAACUUAUGCGAUGAUUGGGCAGGACAAGAUACAUGUGUUCAAAUAUGAUGAGAACUUUGCAAUAAAAGUUCUCACUGAUGAAGGAUUUGUCAUUGAUCACUGUGCAGUCCAGAAAAGAACAUCAGUGAUUGACCAUAUAGACUAUGAGGCUGUUAUAUUUAUCACAGCUCACAGAGAGUAA